AUGGCUUCAGCCGGUGGCCGAAGAUGGCAGCAGUUCUUUCAAGAGAUGGUGAUGAUCGCAGGCACUUCCGCCUCCGCAUAUUUCCUAGUUCGCUACCUUCUAUCACGCCUUGAUUUCGACCCCGAGAGUCAGAAGAAAGAGGAACAACGGCAGAAGUCGGCAGCCAUCUUACGUCGACUCGAAGGAAAUGAUUCAGAUGAAGACUCACCGCGACGUGAUGGGAAGCGGGGGCGAGGACAGAAAAAGAAGGAGCUUACCCUGAAUCAAUACGAACAAGCGGUUGCGAUGGAUGUCGUUGCGCCAGAGGAUAUUGCAGUUUCAUUCGAGGAUAUUGGCGGUCUUGACGAAAUCAUUGAGGAGCUGAAAGAAUCGGUGAUCUAUCCAUUGACAAUGCCUCACCUCUAUGCCUCCACAUCAUCUCUCCUGACGGCACCCUCCGGAGUGCUACUGUACGGUCCGCCUGGCUGCGGAAAGACCAUGCUUGCCAAAGCAUUGGCAUCUGAGAGUGGCGCAUGCUUUAUCAACUUGCACAUUUCAACAUUGACGGAGAAGUGGUAUGGUGACUCCAACAAGCUUGUCAAUGCAGUGUUUUCGCUCGCGCGCAAACUGCAGCCCGCCAUUGUCUUCAUCGAUGAGAUCGAUGCCGUGCUCGGAACCAGGAGAAGUGGUGAGCACGAGGCAAGCGGCAUGGUCAAGGCUGAGUUUAUGACACAUUGGGAUGGUCUCACCUCAGCGAAUUCCACGGGAGAGCCGCAGCGCAUCGUUGUUCUCGGAGCCACCAAUCGCAUUCAAGAUAUUGACGAGGCCAUUUUGCGCCGGAUGCCCAAGAAGUUCCCCGUUACUCUUCCUCCGACCCCCAGCGACUUCGCAUUCUCGGCCUGA